AUGAUUGACGAAUCAACUCCAAUCGAACAAAACUAUGUCACUCAGCCUUACUUCCCCUUGGAUUUAACUUGUCGUGCUGCUCUUCACCAUACUCACCAUACUCACCAUGGAUUGAAGACUCAAAAUCGCAUUACCCCAUCAGCUUAUCACUUUCAACCUUCUCGACUUCAUCUUUCUUCUCCAUUCGACCUUUCGCUCAUUUCACGCCAUCCUCAAAAAUUGGGUUUACGUCGAAUGAAAAAGAGCGACAAUCUUGCUGGUCUUGCAAGAGCAGAAAUCAAGUCUUACCAUGAGAUUAUCAUGAAAAAUGAUACGGAAACUGACACCGAACCCUCUUUUCCGAACUUCGCAGACUUUCCAAAAGAAAUUCGUCUCAAAAUUUGGGAAGAAUAUGCCAAUAAUCUACCACCAAGAGACGUACCAGUUUGGCGUCUGAGGAAUCCAUUUGUUCAUUCAUCCACUAGUUGUUACAUCAAUAUCUAUGAUCAUAUCAGCAAACGUCUUCAAUUGAUUCCUCUCAGCAGUGGAUCGGAACGUCAUUAUGAUUUCAAAUGGGUAUGUCCACAACCAGAUAUUCUCUACAUCAACUCUGAAGCACGAAAAGUUGGUUUGAAUAUUUACACCCAAGAGAGUUUGAAUGGUACAUUUUGCUCCAAGAUGGAUUGGGAACUUGGUUCGGAAACCGGUCCGGCAACUAUCUAUCGUCACAUCAAUGGAUUGGACCGUAUUAUGCCAAUGUAUGAUUUUUCCAAUGGACAUGAAACUUUUUGGAUCGAACAUGAACAUCAACUUGAAGGACGCAUUGCACUUAAUGCUUUUCUCUAUGAUUUGGAUCCGAAUCAGCCGGUUCUUUCAAGCAAUACGAUGUUGAUGUUGAUGAAGAGUUCUUCAACCGCUCGAGAAAGACGUGAAGUUUAUGAUAUUGAAGUGGCAAAAGCUUGGGCAGCAGUUAUACCAUCAACCGCUAUACCACCUCCUGGUAGAACACUUGGUCAUUUCCAUCCAUUCAACAUCAAGGAGGUUACAAUUUACUAUCGCACCCAAAAAUUCAAAUGGACCAGCAUUUCCGAAAACCACCUCUACGAUUACGAAGGUUAUCAAGCAAUGGUCAACAUGAAACGUGCCGUUAAAAUCGCAUACCGAUACUGGGAACUACAACGUUAUCGCACUUGGGUACAUUACACUGGCCACAUGGAUCCUCAAACCACAGCUGAAUUGCUAGCGGGUCUCGAUACACCAGAGUUUAGAAAACAAAUUGGAAAUAUGAGUUAUGUGUUAUUGAAGAUGACGAGAGAUAAUCCGGGAUUGCAGGAUAAGUAUAAAUCGAGGAUGGAAUACAAGAUGGCGAAUCCGAGGAGAAGUUGGAGUGAGAGAAUGGAGGAGUUGUGGGAAGAGAGAGUACCGGUUUUGCCGAAGAUUCAGUUUGCAGUUUGUGGGAGGAAGGAGGGGGGAUUGAAGGGGGUGGUUAGACCGCCGGGGUUUAAGUUGUAG